AGUAAUCGGGUCCGUAAUUCUGGGCCCAAGUUGACUCAUUAACAUCAGAAUCGGGUCUGUUCUCGGACACGAUUCAUUGUUCAAAUUGCUCGAUGCUACUAACCGUCCAAUUCUUGGUCCAGUAGAUGACGGUUCGCAACAAAAAUCCAAUGAGCCAUGAUACUGAUCAUUGCUAAAGAUGAGAAAGGCCUAUUGAACGUCUGGUCUCUAAAUUCUCCUUGUAGAUAAACACUAUAUGACGUGGCGCAACCCCAUAGGCCAGCAUGGACAUCAAGAUAAGCAACCUACGCCCCUCUUUCCCACACAUCCAAAUCACCUGCUAACGUGCACCUCAGUCCUCUUUUACACCCCAUCCAAAAACUCCAAACGACAAUCCCUCUCUCUCUCUCUCUCUCAUGGCUUCCACACUGACCUCCAAUUCAUUCCUCACAACCACCCCUCGGUCGCGGCUCGCCGUCAAGAGUAGAAAACCUGGGCGGCCCAUCUUCGCAAAAUUUAACUUCCGCAUUGGGAAGCGGGACAGUGGAUCAUCUUCGACUGACGAUGAAAACCAAUCCACAGAAUCAGAUAAGCGCAAGAAACCAUUCUUCUUCGACUUCGGCAAGAUCCCCGACAUGAAGUCUCUAGUGCCUGUCGUGAGCCAGCCGUCUACUGCGCUAUCGUUCGGGAACAGUCGACGUAAGGAUCCACGGACGGUGUUCAUCGCUGGGGCCACCGGACAGUUCGGUAUUCGAAUUGUGCCGACACUGCUACGGCAAGGCUUUGCAGUGAGGGCCGGCGUACCGGAACUCAGUUCUGCUCAGGAGCUUGCUCGGCUUGCUGCAAAAUAUAAGAUCAUAUCCUCGGACGAAUCCAGGCGCUUCAACGCCGUUCAAUCAGCCUUCCAAGAUCCGGAAUCCAUCGCCAAGGCGAUCGGCAACGCCUCGAAAGUCGUCAUCACGAUCGGCCCAUUCGAAAACGGCCCCACCUCCGAAGUCACAACAUCGGACGCUCUCCAAGUCAUCCAGGGCGCCCAGCUGGCCGGCGUGGGACACGUGGCGGUCAUCUACAACGCGAACUCCACGUCGAUGGGGUCCACGUACAACGUCCUGGACGGCAUCACGUCCUUCUUCAACAACUUCUUCUCGCGCUCACAGUCGUUAACUCUGACGGAGUUCCUGGCGAAAGUCGUCGAGACGGACGUUAGUUACACGCUCAUAAAGGCGAGCCUGACGGAGGAAUAUUCGACGGAAUAUUCGAAUAACGUCGUCUUGAAAGCCGAAGGGGCGACGACCGACAACGAGUACAAAGUGUCGAAAUCGCAGAUUGCGUCUCUGGUGGCUGGUGUUUUCGCUAAUACGUCGGUUGCAGAAAAUAAGGUUGUCGAAGUUUCGACCAAUCCGUCAGUGCCUUCCAAGCCCAUAGACGAACUUUUCAGUGCAAUUCCAGAAGAUGGCAGAAGAAAAGCAUAUGCAGAAGCUCUGGCAAAGGCAAAAGCAGAGGAAGAAGCAUUGAGAGCUUCUGAGAAAGCCCGUGAAGCAGAAGCAGCUACAAAGAAGCUUGAAGAAGAGGUGAAGAAGCUGUCGGAGCAAGAAGCGCAGGCCACCAGCCUUGCCGAAGAAGCCCGAGAGAAAGCAGAGGCGGCUGGAUCCUCCCUAGAGGGCCUCGUGAAUAGAGCAAAAGGCUUAGGCAGCGGUUUCUCGUGGGAAAAGCUCAGCUCACAAAUUGCAACUGCAGUUUCUGAAAAGGAUGAUGAUGAGAAACCAAAGGUGCAGAUUGCAACUGUCAGGGGCCAAGCAAAGGCUCGCACAUUGAUGCCUAAGAAGGCAGUUGUCAAACCGCCACCCCUUCAGAAACCGAAAACAAAACCGGCUGAGCCGAAACCGGAGGUGAGGAAGGUGUUUGGUGGUUUAUUCAAGCAAGAGACCAUCUACAUGGACGAUGAUUGAAAUCUAUAUUUCUGUAAAGGGGAAUGCUAAACAGAAGCGCCCCCAUGUGUCAAAGUUUUGUACGUGUGAUAGACUCAUGCCCUUUGUCAGGUGGGCCCUGCAAUGGAUGUGGCCAAGCUAGAAAUCAGGCCAGUCUGGUAAUCUGGUGGGACACACGUGUACUUGCCAAGAGCGGAGUGUUAGUCAUUCUCUUCUUGCUCAUCUUUUUGUACAUGUAUAGACCACCUGAUGAGUGGACUGCUCUGAUUUUCGGGCUUGGGAGCAAUCAUGGAGGGACCCACCUGAUGAACGGCCUUGUUCUUGCACAUGUGUGUCACAUUGUCACGUGUGGGGUGCUUGUGUUUGGCACUUGCAGGUGGGCAUCUGCAAGUUGCAUUCCUCAAAAUUCUGUAAUCCAUCUCUUGUUUUCUCCUCCUCAUGAGAAAGAGAGGGAGAGAGUUGUAUGUUAAGAAGGCUAUUUUUGUAUACAUGAUUUCAAUGGCCGUUGAGUGUAUUGUAAUGCUGCAUUUCCACAAUGAGAUUGCAGUGCUCCACACAAACGGGAUUAUUCGUGUAACUGAAAAUUUCUCAUUUCGCUGCAACAAACUCUCAGUUGAAUA